AUGAACCCGUAUUACUCUUACUAUUCCAUCCCCCCAUAAAACAGUAAGCAUCUACUCAUUAACUUAAUAGACUAUUGGCAAUAUUACUAAAAUUACUUAGUCCCAUAAUGGUACUAGAUGAAUAAUUAGUAAGUCUAGAAUAACUAGUGUCAAGUGGGAUGCUAAAACGAGUCAUAAUUAGAUUUAAACAAGAAUUAAUCAAAUCAUUUUCAAAUCCCUUCCAAUAACGAUACGAAUAAUUUUUAAAGCUUGGAUAGAGUGAAGACUUAGAAUAAUAUUGAGAAGACAGAUUUGCUCGAGGAUCUGGAUUUAAAGAAAAAGGUGAAAAAAUAAAGAGGUCACUGGACUAACGAGGAACACUAUAAAUUCUUGUAAUUUGUGAGGCUUCACAGCGAUCUCUUCAAGACAACUGUUCAUAAGAAGUUAAAUCGUGUUUUUAAAAUGAUGGCGGAGGAGAUUCAGACCAGAAAUGCUUGUUAAUGUAGAUCUCAUUUCUCUAAAUUUAAUCCAUUUAUUGAAACAAACAUCCUGAGAAGAAAGUUGUGUAACGACGAAUAAGUCUAUGAAAAAAUGUUUGAAAAUAAAAACAAACUUGAUGUGUAAUGA